AUGAAACCUAAAUCCAAGAGGGGAGUCCUGCUUGAGACUCAGAGGCAGACCCUUGGCAGUGCCCAUUUUUGGUUCUCCUUAUAUAACCUGCACCUUAGUAAAUGGGAGGUACAAUACACCUACAGGAUUCUCUCCGGUUGUAACCGGCUCCCACACAACUAUCAGAUCCACUGUGUGCUGAUUCUGCCCCCAGGAAAUGUGAUUUCCUCAAAAGAAACCAGCAGUGAGUUCUCAGAUGACCUUGGCCCCAUUGGAAAAUUCAUCACUGGAGACUCUUCAUGCUAUCCAGACUGGCAACCCUGGCAAGCGGCUCUGUUCUUCAACAACAUUCUGGUGUGCUCUGGAGUUCUGGUGCACCCCCAGUGGGUGCUAACUGCUGCGCAGUGUUGGCAACCAUCCUACACCAUUGGACUGGGUCUGCACAGACUUUCCCAACCUAAUGAACCAGGGGUACAGAUGAUUGAGGCCAGAUACUCUGUGCAACACCCAGAAUACAUUGGCCCUUGGGGUGGCAAUGACCUCAUGCUCAUCAAGUUGAGUAAACCCGCUGUGCUAUCAAGUACCGUCUCGACCAUCAAUGUUGCCUCCACUAAUCCGAAGUCUGGAACCAGGUGCUUGGUGUCAGGCUGGAGUCUGCUAUUGAGUGGCCUACACCCUGACAAUCAGCAGUGUGUGGAUGUUCAAGUGCGAUCUCUAAACACCUGCAGACCAGUGAAUGCCUACCAUUACCACAAUAUGUUCUGUGCUUCUGGUCUCAACAACAAGUACUUUGACAAGGUAGACUCUGGAGGUCCUGUGGUCUGCCGUGGCUUUCUUCAGGGCCUUUUGUCCUGGAGAGUCAUUCCUGAGAAGAAAAAUAAAGAUACAGCCCUCUAUACCAAUCUCGCCAUAUUCAGGAAGUGGAUAAG